UUUAUAUAAUUUUUGAAAUAAAAUAUAAUUUUUUAACGUCACAACAGCUCCAACUGCUGUUAAGGACUCUUUCACUUUUUUUAAAAAAAAGAAACUAUUCGAUUUAUUCGAAAAAAGUUUCGAAUUAAUAAUCCUUUUUCUUUUUCUUUUCUUUUUUCUUUUUUUUUUUUACCGAAAAUCAGUCGCUGUGCGGCUCCAUCAAGUCUUUCAUUCUCUGAAAAGUGUGGUCACGCAACCACACUUACAUAUUAGGCAAUUGUGGAGUUCAUUUACUGGACAACCUCAAAAAGAUUUGGAUAUGUCACAACCUGACAUAAUUAAUCAUAAUCGUCCUAUUUCUUCUUCCUCAAAUCGUCAUCCAACUAUCAAUGAUGAUGACAAUGUUGUCGAUCAAAGAAUUUCAAUUAUGACGUCUCCUACUUCAGUAAAAAGAUAUGCAACUUAUGAUUUGAAUUGGAAUAAUUUAAAUUACGAUCUUGAUCAAAAUAAUCAAGAUAAUGAUAUUAUUACAAAUUCCGCACAGGCUGCGAGAUGGUCUUUACCUAAUUCCCCUAAUUCUAAUACAGUUACUACUCAAGAACAAUCACCACCACCACCACCACAACAACAAAAACAACGUCAUUCUAAAAUAAGAAAAUCUAUAUCUCCAAUAAUAAUUAAUACAAAAAAAUCUGAUUUACGUGACAAGAAUGAUGAUGAACCUCAAUCACCUUUUGGAGGUAUUACGGUUACAACUGUUAAAGUGGUAGAAAUCCUUCAUAGUCCUACAGAAAAAGAUGAUGAUUUUAAUGGUAUUAAAUCUCAACAAAGAAAAUCUCGUCCUGAACUUUUAAAUCUUUCUUCUGAAGAACUUCCUGUUGGUAUAAUUACUAGUGAAAGUAGUAAAGAUCGUAAACAUAAUAAACAGAGAAUUAAUUUAUCUUUACCUCCAUCAAAUUCUGUUUCAUCUUUAUCUCUAAAGAAUCCAAAAUUAUUAAAUCAAAAAAAACGUUCUUCAAUAAUAAAUUCUCAAAAAAUAAAAGGAAAUAAAAAUUUAAAAAAAUCAGAGAUGAUCAUACCAAAAGAAAUGUCUUUUAUUGAUCCAAGAUUAUUGGCGAUUAAUAAUUCUCUUGUUAGAGCUCCAACAAUAAUAACAACAACAACAACAGCAACAACAACAAAUCGUAAUCGUAAAACAAUAAGACGUGGUGGAAGUUUUUAUAGAAAAAAAUUACCUCCAAAAAAUUUGGAAUUUGGUUCUACUUCAAAUCCAAUAUAUUCUAAUGAUCCAACUGAUAUGGAAGCUGAUUUACCUCCUAUUAAACAUAAAACAUUUCCUUGGUUACCUGGUCCACCUAAACCACCUCAAUUACUUCAUGCUUCUCUAGUUCCUCUUCCUCGUGUGAAUCGUGUAGCUAUUAAUAAUCAUGAUUCUCAUAUUAAAAAUACUUUGGAUAAUAAUGAAAAUCCGAAAAGAAAAUCAAAAUUUAAUUCUAAUCGUUUAUCACGUGCUAAUUCUCAAAGAAGACGUACUUCAAUAAUUGAACCUGAUCCAAAUCGUGCUUCUUUAAUAUUUAGACGUCAAAUUAUGGAAGAAAGUUUGAUGAUGUCAUUUGGUGGAAUGAUGAUGAAUGGUGUUCAACAACAACCUACUUCAAUAUCAAAACCACCAAUUAGACGAAAAACUAAAAAAGGUAGUAAUGCUAAAUUAGAAGAUAGAGAAGUAAGACGUGAAAGACGUAGGAAAGAAAAAUUAGUGAAAAAACUUAAAGAAUCUCAAAAUGUUUUAUCAAAUAAUAAUAAUAAUAAUUUAAAUAAUAAUCAAAUAGAAGGAAAAGAUAUAAUGAAUGAAAAUAAUGUUAGAGAAUUUCAUAUGGGACCUCAGCCACCACCAAGGAAACAAUCACAUGAUAAACCUAUAAUCCCAUCACCGCAAAAACCUAAAAAUAAUGCUUUACCUUUACUUUCUUCACCACCAGAUCGAAGAUUAGGAAAUUCUAAUGUUAACUCAUCUUUAGAACAUUCAACUGAUGAACCUCUACCUUUUCCAGCUCAUUUGGCUCGUUCAACUUUAUUUGAAAAUAAUUCAAAUAAGGAAAGAUCAAAGCGUAAACAACAACCAUAUUCACCUUCAAAAGGUCAACCGAUCCCUUCACCUAUUUCAUCUAUAUCAAAUAAUUCCCGUGUUAUUACUUCCAAUCCGGAAGGAAAAGAACUCACUGAUGAUGAUGUUUCACAACAUGAAGUUAUUAAUUCUGAAGAAACUAGUUCAAUUAAUCAAUUACCUUCUCCAAAUAAGUCUCAAAAGAUUGGGAAAAAUAUUUUGGGUUUAUUUAAUAAACAAACAACAAAAGAUUCUACGAGUCCAUCAAUUUCGCAAAUUAGUUCACCUACACAAUUAUCACUACAAUCACCACCAACCACGCCAAUCACAUUAUCAUCAACAACUCCACCGCAAUCUCCACCAUUAAGUCCGAAAACAUUAAAGGUACCUCAACAGUUGUUAGGGAAAUCUAUCCAAAACCCAGAGAAAAAAAAGAAGAUGGAACAAUUUGAAGCUUUAAUUGCUAAUUCGGAAACAUCAAGUAGCAAAAAACCCAUCAGUGGAAAAAUAAGGGCUAUUACAACAGCGAUAACCACAGUUGCAUCAACCGCUACUUCAUCAGCUUCUUCAAGUAUAAGUAUGAGGAAAAAAUCUGCUGAUGGAACCCCUUAUAAUAGUCCUAGACAUUCAAGUGAAGGAUCAUUUAAAAGUGAGGGAAAAGAAAGUGAGAAAAAGAAUGGUCUAAAAAGAGACUCUUCAAAUAGAGGUUCAUUAGCUGAAUCUGUUCGUUAUAGAUCAGAUGAAAUGUCAGAAUUAGGACCAGGUGAUGAUGGUGUGAUAAGAGUGACAUUAACUCCGGAAGUUUGUCGAUGAAAAACCCAAAAGUAAUUGUGUAUUUAAUAUUUUUAUUUAUCAUUAUUUUAUUACUUGUGUACAUAUGUUUUCAUAAUACUUUCUGUGUUAUAAUUAUGUGUCUUUAGAAAGGACUUAUAUUUUAAUAGCACGAUACAAAUAAAUUACUUAAUAUAUUAUUAUUAUUUUCUUUUUUUUU